CCUGUGAUGGCGGAAGACGGCCUUGGCUGCGGCUGGGGAGUGGCGGCUCGGUGCUAACGACGCAAAAUGGAAGGCAGCUCCACUCGGCCGGUGGCGUCGUGGGCCCACUCGCGAGCAGGCCCCGGGCUUUCUCAGCGCAACGUGACGGCGGUCAGCAGGAGCCCGGGCCCGCUGGCGGCGCCCUUCAUCCGGCAGGCCAGGGCAUUGUGUCCUGGGAUUAAUAACCAGCAGUAUUGGUGUGAGACCGGCCACUGCUGUGGGGAGACCGGCUGCUGCACUUACUUUUACGAGCUGUGGUGGUUCUGGCUCCUCUGGACUCUGUUAAUUAUCUUCAGCUGUUGUUGUGCUUAUCGCCAUCGAAGGAGCAAACUCCGUAUCCAGCAGCAACAACGGCAACAGGAGAUUAACCUCAUCGCGUACCAUGGGGCCUGUCACUACCCAGGCUCAGGCCUAGACCAGAGACUAUUGGCUUCCUUCAAGCUUCCUGCAUAUGAGGAGGUGUCAGCCCAGCCCCAAACUCCUCCUCCAUCCUAUACUUCAAUCCAGUGCCCAGGGGUCAGGGCUGAGCUGAGCUCUUCACUCAGCUCCAAUAACAUCACCAGCUCUCACCACACCCCGAUCGCACACUCCACUGACUUUGAGCCAGGACCCCCAGUCCCCAGCUCCCAUCAGCCCACUGAAGAUGUUAACAUUGCCGUGUCCCAAGCAUCGCCCUGCUGCCCGGGGUUGGAGGAGGAGGAUGAGGACGAUGAAGAUGAGACUCACCCCAGACACCGGCGCCUGACUGGAGAUUCCGGGAUUGAGGUGUGCCAUUGCCUUGUUCAUGCAGAUGGCAGUGAGGACUGUGUUGAGGAAAGCAGUAACUACCAGCAUGACCAAAUGGUUUCUGUUGAGCUGCACGCUGUCCCACUGCAGCCUGCCAAUUAUGCCAGCCCUUGUUCCUGCCUGCUUCCACAGGAGACCAGAGCUCACAUCCUCCCUGUGUGAGGGGUGGGGGAAGACACAAAUUGGGAAGCCUGACCACGUGUUUGAACAAGAUUAAAAUCCCUUGGACUGUGGAGUCAAGCGUGGCUAAACCUUUUCAGCCUGGGUUAGACUGGGAAUACUACACCAUAUUGGAACUAUAACGUGGAUGCAUUGGAGUUGAGCAUUCUCAAAGGAAAUUAUUGAACCCUCACAAUCUUCCCAAGCUCUGCCAACUCCUAUCUCCCUAUCUAUAUCUCUCACCCUGUCUGCUCAGAACCUCUUCAUUCCCUGCUUGUUUCAGAUUCAUGUUCACGUACUGAGAUGCUGGUCUCUCAGCUCUCCCAGUGCAGCAAGUCAAAUCAUUCCCUGGCCAAGGUCUGUCAGUGAUUUAACUGCAAAAGAUUUGUUAACAUUUGCUGAUCACAAGUACAGUUGACAGUGAGUGGGGAAGAUGACCUCGCCUUCAACUCUGAUCAUGAAAUAAUACAUUAAAGGGAACUGAAGUUUUGUCAGAGAUGAGAUUGAUGGACUCAACACAAUUGGUCUAUGAACCUCAGAGCUGGGAGUGACCAUAGUCAGCAACAGUCAGAGGAGAAUGUUGUCAUUUCUGUGAACUUCAUCUGCAUGUAGUUUAUUUGUAGGAAUCAGCCUUGAAUUACAAGGAUAUUUUUUUAAAGUAGUUUUAAACAAGAACUAAGUCAAUGGUUACAGAAAUUUCCACAGAUCAGAGUAUUCUGGUGCAGAAACCAUCUGCUAUUAAGAGCUGACUGGUUUGUCCCACUCUGCAACAGACUAAUUGUAGAGAGCAAGCUGUUAAUUAGGGACGGGUGAAUAGAAUUAAUUAAAUCUGCAGAGAGCUAGUGCAGGCUCCAUUUGACCUCUGUUGAUCUAUCUACCUCUUGUACAUUGCUAUCACUUAUGCAGAGAUACCAGCUGCAAUUUCACUCUCAUUUUCUCUGUCCUGGUUAUGGUUGACUAAUACACACAACAAGGAGGGAUGGACAAUAACUGCUGCAUUGUCAGUGUUGCCAAUUGUCAUAAAUGAAAUAUUUACAUAUGCACACUUAUGAUCUCAGGAUAUCUUGAAGUGCUUUAUAGCUAAUAAAGUGCUUUUGAAAUCA